AUAACAAAUAAUUUGAGGAUAUGUUUGAUUGAAGGAUCAGAGAAUUUGGUAAAAUGUCCUCUAGAUAAUGAACAACGCUGCUGAGAAGUUGUUUAAUAUCAUUGACAGUGAUUGCGAUGGUGUUAUUACAAAACAGGACUUGAUCAACAUUUGUGACAGGCUAGAGCUUGAAGAGGGACCUGAUGCGUUCUUGUACAAACUUGGUUUUCAGCUCGAUGAUGACAGACCGAUUACAUUGGAUGACAUCUAUUACUGUGGACUGUUUGACACUGUUGGGCAAAGUGAUGUAUCAAUGAACCUUGCUGCACUGGCUGAGAACAACUAUGAAGCUAUCUUUGACCUUCUUCUUGUUCUUCAGAAGACAACCACCUCCUACCUUCGUACGAGGGCUGUAGAGAUAGAAUCAGAGCUUCAGCAAUGUAAUUCUGAGAAAGAAAACUUUCGGAAAGAGUUGACUAUUUUAAUUCAGGAAUGCGACGAUAGAGACAGAAGUAUAACCGAGUUCAAUCUCCGUGAAAAGCAAUUGAAGCAAGAAAUUCAGAGUUUGUAUGAUCAGAUAGAUGACUGCCAGGUCAGAGAACGAACCUACACCAACGAAAGUUUCAGAUCACGGCUAGGUUCUGACAAGCUAGCGAGUACCAGUGCCAAGAGGUCGUCAGAUAACACUCGUUCAGAUAAGAACCUCAAACAGGAACCAACCCCAGAGGAACACAUCUGUGAAAACUGCCAACGGUUGCUGGACGAUAUAUCUAACUAUGAGAACAUGAUAGAGCAACUGAACAGCGAGAAGAAGAAGAUGAAUGUGAAGGUGCAUGCUGCUGACACUUAUCUCACUCAAGUCAAGGAACUGGAAUCUGCGUACAGGAACUUGGAGCAGCACACGAUGCAGAUGAGCAGCGAAAGAGACUCAAUCCUGUUAGAGUACGAGGAGAUGAAGGGAAGUUUCGAGGAGCUUUCUCAGAGAUAUGAGGAGCUAAGGACCAGAUCGACAGGCACAACUCCCGCUGAUCCUCUCACUUCUUCUUUUAACAACAAUUUAGAGACGAGUCAGUAUACUUCAUUCUCUGCAGUGAACGACACGACGGGCGGUUUCAGUUUUGCUGACGAGUUGGCUGAUACUGAAUCAAAACUGGAAGUAGAGCAGCUUCAAGACGAAAACGAGGUCCUAAACACCAAAGUAAAGCAGCUUGAAGCUAAACUAGCAGCGUUAGGAGUCGAGGAAACCAAGUCUGAGGUGUCCAGUAAUGACGUUAUCCCUCAAAUUAUCAACAACGAGGAUACCACCUCAUUACCAGACAGUGGCCUAGCUCGCUCCUCCCCCCAGUCACCGCCCCAAACUGACGGCAUUUGCGGUCACGUACUUAUAGGAACCGCUAAACUCUUCCUUCAUUGUCUCCGGCACGACAUCGGCGUCAGCUACUCUCCUCCUAUCGUCGACAAAAACGGACAGGUAUUCGGCCAUUUGAAGGUGAAACUUCAGCGUCUGUCUUCGUCCCACCCUAACAACACCCACAGCAGAACUGGAACUGAUUCAGCUUCGAUAGGUGACCUCCUCAUCGGCAGCAAGGUGACAGUUCACAUAGGUGUUAUUGAAGCUAACGGAAUCCCCACAAAACUCAACAACUAUGUAUUUUGCCAGUACAAGUUCUGGGAUCACAAGGACAUGAUCCUGCCCGGUCUAGAGUUCCAGCAGCACCUCCCACGAACCAACACAGCCGUAUUUGAGCACCAGGAGACCUACACUGUUAACGUUACUCAAAGCUUUCUUAACUAUGUCAACGAUGGAUUACUCGCUGUGGAGGUGUGGGGACUGAGAAUGGAGGAGGACAUGGGAGAGGUGCCUCGUACUGGAUCCAUUAUAACAACCAACGCUUCAGCUCCACUUUAUGAUAGAUGGAGUGAGAUGAUGACACGGCUACAGCUCUGGGUCGAGAUAUUGGAGAUAAACGAUAACGGGAUAUACUCAGCAGUAGAGGUCCAGGAGAGGAAUGAUAUCAAGACUGGCGGUAUUUACCAGCUACGACAGGGGUUAUCCCGCCGUAUCCUAGUGCGAGUGUUACCUGUUGGGGCAGGAGGUAACAUCGCCUGUAAGAGCAUCAGCAGUAUUAGCAUCGGCAACGUCCACACUCAAACCAGACAUCAGCCCGCUCUCGACAGUUACCAGAACGAGGAUCUGCUAAAGCUGCGGUGUGCGUGGAGUGAAGCGCUUGAGUCAGUCCAGAACAGGAUAGGAGAACAACUGCACCGCCUCACAGAGAAGGAGGCUCUCACAGAGGAGGAGGAGGAGGAGAGGGGGAAACUUCUGGAGGAGUGGAUCAGAUUACUGCGUGAGCGUGAUGCAGUGCUCCUUCCUAAAGAGAACUCCGGUGUACCAGGUGCACGAGACACGCGCCCUGUCCCCCAGGGUAUGGAGUCCCGUAUACCCACCUUGUUUGCAGACGUCAACGAGCAGCUGAGACAGAACCCUAAAAACAGGAUUGUUAUCGGGAGAGGAGCAAUGUUAGUGGUCAGGAUCCUAACCAGAUGAUCAGACUCACUACAUACUAUCCUCCUCAGGUAAAACACGACCAGCACAGAGUUUGUGCUAUCUCCGCUUGGGACAGCUCCACUCACGAGACAGAGAGUUUGAAUUGCCUGACUGAACCUGAACAGAGGAUCUACCUAACUUUACAGGUUGGUGUAGAUGUGUCACUGCCAUACGGGAUGGAGCUGGAGCUGGUGUUACGUAAACGUGUGUGUGUGCGAGUGUACAAGAAGAAGAGUCUUAGGGACAGCAUGAGGGGGUUUAUGCAGGAUAUCCCUAAACGAUGUGGAGUGAUGUAUGAGGUGGUCACGGGUAUUCCUGCUUUCUCCAACUUCUAUCACGAGAAUUUGAAUAAAAGAACAUCAACUCCAAUAAAAGACUCAGACAUGAUUGAAGAUAACAGCAACGAACAUUCAACCUUCCAAAACAAUAGUAGUGAAAAUAAUUCAAGAGAAGAUCAUGAUUUUGAAGUUGUAGAGAAGAUCGAUAACAAUUACUCUAAUUCGAACGGGCUUUCCGAGUUGGACGAUUCCAUUGACCCGCUUUAGAAUAGUGAAAUUAGCGCCGACCGAUGGUGAUUAUCGAUCGUUGAGCGAUAAAUGGUAUCGUUCUUAGAACAGAUGAUAGUUUUUAGUUUGUGUUCUGGAAUCCUGUAGUUAAGAAUUACUUGUGUGUCUUCAUCUGUGAUUCUUUAUCUGUAUUAUAUAAUUUCUAAUUUAUAAAUGGCACCCACAAAUUUCUCAAGUUAUUUGGUUCUGAGAGCAUGCAAGGCGUGGUCUAUAGAAACCAGGGAUAUAACAAAAAAGGGUGGACUAUGAUAUUAAGAUUUUGAAUUUAUGCAAAAGACGUGGUAAA